GUUUGGAGUAAGGUGGUGGUUCUUUUCCUCCCUGAAGUUUGGCUGGCGGCACUUACGCUUUGAAGCGGAAGAUUCGCGGUGAGACACAUUUCAAGGGCGACGGCUCAUCGUUUCUCUGGUGUUUUCCUCGACACCUGGGCGCGAGGCGAUUGGGAUGGCCGGCCACUGCGGAGUGGGCCAGUAGUUCAGAACAGCUGGCGGGAGAUCGGCAGGGGGUACACGUCCCGGAGUUCAAGAAGACCGCGUGAAGUCACUUUCCCCCAGACAAUGCCGAAGAAGAAAAAUACGAACACAAACCUCAUUAUUUGUGGAGCUCCAGCAAAAAAGAUGCCUGUUUCGAAUGACGACUCCAACAAGCCAUCCAUUUUGAAAGCCUUGGAGGCAGUUGUAGCAGCUGGUAGACUCGGCUUGCUCGGUCCAACAGCAAUGGCGGCUGUGGAAGCCAUGCCAGACUUGGAGGUGCAGAGUUGCGAUGGAAAGGUGGGCCAAGGAACCCCAAGUUCGAUUCCACUUUUGGGAGAAAAGGAGGAAGGAAAAGAGGAAAGAAAGAAGAAAAGAAAGGUGAACGAGGAGGGUAAAUCUGAUGUGGCUGUCACACCACUAGUGAAGGGUACUGGAAGUUCGAGCUGUACCAGAAAGGACAUCUGGAUAUGUGGCGAUCAUGUGAUUUCGUUAUCAGAGAGGAGGUCGCAAUCCAGCCAGGCAACAAAGCAAUUGGGCUUCUCGGAUUCUGUUGCAUAUGUGACUUGGCGAGGUAUCCCUACAAUGAUGUGGGAUGAUCUAUUACCCAAACUGCAUCAGUUAUAUCAUCAGUACCGUUUCCCAUCUAUUAUAGUAAUACACCUUGGGGAAAAUGAUUUGUUGGUCGACAGUAGCCAUUCACUUAUUACCAGGAUGCAAAAUGAUUUAGUUAUCCUUAAAAAAGCAUUUCAAGAUGUUGUAAUAAUUUGGUCUUCACUGUUACCAAAAGACACUUGGAAGCCAUCUGAGAAGUCACAAGUUAUGGAAUCUGAACGUAAUAAUGUCAACUGCAAAAUGGAAGAAUUUUGUAAUGAAAAUGGCUUGCACUAUUUUUCACAUCCAUCCAUUACUAGUGAAAAUAAACAGCUGUUCACGCAAGAGGGCACACUGUCUAGGGCAGGAGGUGAUAUUUUUAUAGCUGAGCUGAAGAAACUCUUGAAUACCUAUCUGGACCAUAAAUAAUUCUGAAAUUAUAUUCCUUGAUGGAGGAUAGUUUUUCCAGACUGUUUCUUUACAUCCUAGUCCUGUAUGCACAUUGGUGUGUUGGGUUUUGUGGAGUUUGCAGUGGGUGGGAAAGAAAUACUGAAAAUAUCUGUGUCACUGUAUGGAAGGAUAGCUUUGUUUUGUUGCCUGUCCAUCGAAUUCUACCUUGCAAGAACAGUGGCAAGUAUUUUUUCAUGUGUUAAAUUUUAUAUAGAAAUAUAUGAAGAAAAACUGGUCAAGGAUACAAUGAAGAAUUGUAUUUUUAUUUGUGUGGAUGCUCCUUUUUUCCUCCC